AUGGGUAUAAGAGCAAUGGAGAAAGUUCCCUACAGGAGCGCAGUUGGGUCCCUUAUGUACAUCAUGACAGGAACAAGGCCUGACUUAUCCUUCGUUGUGAGUCUGGUUCACUUGCAGGUCCACCAACUUCUUGUUACUAUGGACUCUUUCCGUGGCUACCGCUUCUUGAGUGGCUUCUGCACGGUUGAACUGGAAAGCAGCAGAGUUAGGUUGCGUUCUCCGAUAGUUGACCCUCAAGCCCCGAUACAAGGAAACAUAAUCAUCCAAAUUGACCUGUCUGAGCACGUAUCGUUCACUAGUUUACUCGCUCCCCCGCAACAUAAGAAGCGUAUCACCAUCAUAACCUUUACCCAAAGCCGAGGGCAUGGCACCCCAAGAAGCACUUUGGUAAAGUUGUCGAUGGAGAUUGUGAGGGAGGUAGAUGAUGCAGUUAAAGUUGAAGCAUCAGCUCUUGUCGAAGACUUUGUUUCUAGGACAGCUGCUGGGCAUGCAGUGGAGUCCUUAGAGAGGGUAGAUAUGAAAGAGGACGAAGAAAUUAUCUGCACUAUUUGCAUGUACGAGAUGGAUUUUGGAACAGUUGAUGUGAGGGUGAUGCCAUGCUCGCACAGAUAUCAUGGAGAGUGCAUUGCUACUUGGCUAGCGAAUAGAAGCAGCUGUCCAGUGUGCCGUUACCAAUUGCCCACUGCGAACUGA